UUCAUGAUUAUAUAUAUAUAUACAUGAUAAGGCUUUGCUAUGUGUCCAACUUUGGUUUUGAUUUCUCACCUUGGAACAACCGUGUUCGUCUUCCUUGGUGAUGAAAUCAGCAAUGGCAAGUUGCUCCUUCCUCUUCAAACUGCUAUUGCUGAUUCUCACAGUUUCAGAUUUUUGUGUGCUAACUCAAGGUCACAAUUUUGGAAUCAACUAUGGACAAAUAGCUAACAAUCUUCCUCCACCUUCUCGGGUGGCUGUUCUUAUAAACUCUUUGAAUGUCAGCAGAAUCAAACUCUAUGAUGCUGAUCCUAAUGUUCUCUCAGCAUUCGCCAAUUCAAAUGUUGAAUUCAUCAUAGGACUUGGGAAUCAGGAUCUUCAGAGCAUGAGAGACCCUUCUAAGGCACAAAGCUGGGUUCAACAGAAUGUUCAACCUUAUAUUUCACAGACCAAAAUCACUUGCAUCACAGUGGGGAAUGAAGUCUACAAUAGCAAUGAUACUAAUCUCAUGAUCAACCUUCUCCCAGCAAUGAAAAGUGUUUACAAUGCACUUGUGAAUCUUGGAUUAGCACAGCAAGUUACUGUUACAACUGCACAUUCUUUCAACAUUUUAUCAAAUUCAUUCCCUCCUUCAUCUGGGACCUUUAGUCAAGGCUUGAUUCAAUAUAUUCAACCCCUUCUUGAUUUCCAUGCUCAGAUCAAAUCACCUUUCCUCAUUAAUGCUUAUCCUUUCUUUGCAUACAAGGCAGACCCAAAAAAUAUCCCUUUAAGCUAUGUGUUGUUUCAGCCAAAUUCCGGUUCUGUUGAUCCAAUGACCAAUUUGCAUUAUGAUAACAUGUUGUAUGCUCAGAUUGAUGCUGUUCACUUUGCCAUCAAAGCUCUGGGGCAUACAGAUGUUGAAGUCAGGAUUUCAGAAACUGGUUGGCCUUCUAAGGGGGACCCUGAUGAGGUUGGAGCCACACCAGAGAAUGCAGGAAUUUAUAAUAGUAAUUUGUUGAAGAGGAUUCAGAUGAAGCAAGGAACUCCUGCAAAUCCUUCUGUUCCAAUUGAUAUUUUUGUGUUUGCUCUUUUCAAUGAAGAUAUGAAGCCAGGUCCUAUUUCAGAGAGAAACUAUGGUCUUUAUUAUCCUGAUGGCACCCCAGUUUACAACCUUGGAAUUUCAUCAUCACAGUCACCAGGUUAUCUCCCACAGAUGGUUAUAGAAUCAAAAUCAAAUGUUUUGUCCAUUAAUUUUCUCAUCUACAUACUCACAUGCUUGAUGUUUGCUUGGGGGCUUUCAAGACCAUAAUCAGGAAAAUAAAUUCAUAUAGAUCAUUCUUGUGCAAGGGAAACAGCAGCAGCAGAGCUUUUUAUUGUGAAGGAAAAUCUUGCACUUCUCGUUUCACAGACAUGGGAGCAAUUGUUCGCGGAAGGAUUAGUUUGUUUAAUCUAUAGAAAUAUUCAUAUGAUUAUUGAUUAGUUAAUUUAGCAAUAAUGUCAAAGGUAGAGCUCAGAAAUUGGAUUUGUAAUAUACAAUAGUGAUUUUUUGACAGAGUUGAUAUAUAGAAAGUAGAUUUUUUUUUUAUAGACAAAAAAGGAAUUAUAUUGUUAAUGGAAAAGAAAAUCGACCAUUGUCAACAAUUUUAUUCGUGAAAAACUUGAUUACCUGUUAAGUUGCUUA